AUGUCUUCAGUUAUCGAAAAGAAAAAUUUAAUUUUACGGAACCUUCAAGAGGUUCUUGGCGAAGAUAAACUCGAUAUCAUACUAAAGGAAAGAGAUUUAAAAAUUUAUUGGGGUACUGCCACAACUGGACGUCCACACAUUGCAUAUUUUGUUCCAAUAUCAAAAAUAGCGGACUACUUAAAAGCUGGCUGUGAGGUAACAAUUUUAUUUGCUGAUUUACAUGCAUAUUUGGAUAAUAUGAAGGCUCCUUGGGAACUAUUAGAACUCAGAGUACAGUAUUACGAGCACUCAAUUAAAGCUAUGCUAAGUUCAAUCGGUGUACCACUUGAAAAAUUAAAAUUUGUACGAGGAACAGAAUAUCAACUUUCAAAAGAGUAUACAAUGGAUGUAUACCGAUUGAGUUCUUCAAUUACCGAACAUGAUGCCAAGAAAGCUGGGGCUGAAGUUGUAAAACAAGUUGAUAAUCCAUUACUAUCUGGGUUGCUAUAUCCUGGAUUACAAGCAUUGGAUGAAGAGUAUCUAAAAGUUGAUGCUCAGUUUGGUGGAGUAGACCAGCGUAAGAUAUUUACCAUGUCUGAAAAAUAUCUUCCUCAGUUGGGUUAUGCAAAAAGAAUACAUUUAAUGAAUCCAAUGGUUCCUGGACUAGCUGGAGGUAAAAUGUCCUCCUCUGAAGUGGAUAGUAAAAUCGAUUUAUUGGAUUCACCAGCUAUGGUAAAGAAAAAAUUGAAAAAAGCAUUCUGUGAACCCGGAAAUAUUGCGGAAAAUGGUCUACUUGCAUUUGCUAAACAUGUCAUUUUUGGUUUAUUUGAACCUAAUGAAAAAUUUAAAAUAUCAAGAAACGAAGCUAAUGGAGGAGAUUUGAAUUUUAGCACCUACGAAGAUCUUGAAAUUUGUUUUUCCGAACAAAAGCUGCAUCCAGCUGAUUUAAAAGCAUCUGUUGAAUUUUAUAUCAAUAGACUGUUAGAUCCAAUAAGACAAAUUUUUGAUAAACCCGAAUUACAGAAACUAGUUGCCAAUGCAUACCCAGCCCCAGUCAAACCAAAAAAAACUGAGAAAAAUAAUACCAAUCAACAAGAGGAAAUUUCCCCUUAUCGUUUGGACAUCCGUGUUGGUAAAAUUGUUGAAGUAUCUAAACAUCCAGAAGCGGACGCAUUGUAUGUUGAAAAGAUUGAUCUUGGUGAAGAGCAGCCUAGAACAAUAGUUAGUGGUCUUGUAAAUUACGUACCAAUUAAUGAAAUGCAAGAUAGGUUAGUGGUUGUAUUAUGUAAUUUAAAACCUGCCAAAAUGAGAGGAAUUGAAUCGAGUGGAAUGGUUCUUUGUGCAUCAACUGAAAACAAUGGAGUUAAGUCUGUUGAGCCUUUAGAACCAGCUGAAGGAAGUAAACCAGGCGAUAAAGUUUUUAUUGAAAGUUAUGAACAAGGCGAACCAGACAAAAUUUUGAAUCCCAAAAAGAAAAUUUGGGAACAACUCCAGGUUGACUUAAAAGUUUCAAAUUUGUGUGAGGCUCAAUGGCAAUCCAACAACUUGAUGACAAAUGCUGGAAAAAUUCUUUGCAAAUCACUAAAAAAUGUUAAAAUUGCUUAAUUUUUUUAAGUUGUAAUAAUAACAAUUAAAUAAAUAAAACUUAUUUUUUAUGUUUAUUUA